AUGGGUGCUGAAAAUUCAGUAAAUAAUAAAAAUACGAAUCAAUCACUUACAACUUUAGAACAUGGUCUUGAACGACGUCGUAUUAUUAGUCAAAAAGUUCGAAAUUCUAUCGUCAUUUGUUUAAACACCAAUACUGAUGUUAAAAACAAAGAUUGGCAACGAACUAUCGCAGAAUUACAACAUACAGUUCACAAUUGUGUAACAUUUUCGGAUAAUGAUCAAUGCAUUGAAUUUACUCAAACUCUUGAUGAUCUUAAAGCCUGUGUUGUUAUCUUCGGAUCAGUUGGACAACAAUUUAUAUCACGUAUACAUAAUAUAUCACAAGUUGAUUCAAUUUAUAUCUUUUGUAACAAUAAACAACGUUAUGAAUCUUUAACUAAAGUUUGGUCAAAAAUCAAAGGUAUUUUUACAGACACUACACUUAUCUGUGAAACAUUAAAACAAACAAUUCAACAUUGUGAACAAAAUGCUUUACCACUUAGUUUUAUCCCUUCAACUAAAAAUCUCGAUCAAUUAGAUAUUUCAUUCGUAUAUACACAUUUCCUUAAAGAAAUUAUUCUAACCCGUCAUUUCGGCGAUGAAAAUAUCAAAGAAUUUACUGCGUAUUGUCGUGAAUUAUUUGCAGAUAAUGAAGAAGAACUAAUUGAUGUUAAAGAAUUCGAGAACAAAUAUCGUCAAGAAACACCUAUAUGGUGGUAUAAGAAACAUUGUUUCAUAAAUCCAAUGCUUAACUGUGCAUUACGAUCAAUGAAUGGAAAUCUUCUAAUAUGUAUGGGAUUUUUUAUUGCUGAUCUUCAUCAACAAAUCGAACAAUCUAAAAGUGAUUCAUCAUCUUCAACAAAUUUUAAAGUUUACUAUGGACAAGGUUUAACUAAAAAUGAUUUUGAACAAUUAAAAAAAAGUCGAGGUGGAUUAAUUUCAUUUAAUAAUUUCUUAUUAACCAAUAAGAAUUUAACAGGUUCACUUAAUUUUGCAGAAGAUAUUUCAGCACGAAGUGAUUUAGUAGGAAUUAUGUUUGUUAUGAAUAUUGAUCCUUCUCAAUCAAGUAAUUAUUCUGAAAUCAAAGAUGAAAUCUUAUUUUCAAUUGGUACAAUAUUUCGAAUUAAUGAUAUCAAACGAUUAACAUCAAGUAAUCGACUUCAAGAAGUACAUUUAAGUCUUAUCAAUGAAAAAGAUAAAGAUCAUAUUGCAUUAAUGAAUUACAUUCGACAAGAAAAUAAUUCAGAGAAAGAUGGAUGGUAUCGAUUUGGUGCAGUUUUAAUUAAAAUGAAUCGUUUUGAUAAAGCUGAACAAGUGUAUCAGUUACUAUUAGAAGAAACGAAAGAUAUGAAUAAAAAAGCAUCGAUUUAUGAACAACUUGGUUGGAUUGAAUAUAAACGAGAAAAAUAUUCUGAAGCAAUAACAUUUUAUGAAAAAGCAUUAAUGAUCUAUCAGAAAAAUCCAGCAAUUAAUCAACUUGAUUUAGCAAAUUUAUAUUAUGGUAUUGCAACGGCUUAUUCAAAAAUUGACAAUUCUUCAAAAGCACUUUUAUCUCAUAAAGAAGCUUUAAAGAUUCGUGAACAAUUACUUCCUUCCGAUCAUUUAGAUUUAGCGAAAUCUUAUGGGAAUAUUGGUUUAUUAUAUGUUGCUGCGAAUGAUUGUCCUACAGCAUUGUCAUAUUUUGAAAAAGAAUUUGCAAUUAAUCAGAAAUUUCUUCCUCCAAAUCAUCCGGACUUAGUUGUUGCUUUAAUGGAUAUUGGUGUAUUGUCCUAUAAUACUGAUAAUUGUACGAAAGCAUUAGCUUCGUUUGAAAAAGCACUUGAAAUUCGACAAAAAAUACUUCCUGAUAAUGAUCUUGGUUUAGUAGAAUCGUAUAACAAUAUCGGUUUAGUAUAUAAUCGUAUGUCUGAUCAACCAAAAGCACUUUUAAAUCAUGAAAAAGCUCUGGCAAUUCGAGAAAAAGUAUUACCAAAAAAUCAUCCUGAUUUUGGUGAAUCUUACAAUAAUAUCGGUGUAACCUAUGAAAAUAUGAAUAAUCAUACACAAGCUUGUUCAUUUCUGGAACGUGCGAUUGAAGUUGGACUAUGUUCACUUUCAGCGGAUGAUCCAAUUUUACAGUUACGAAAAGAUAAUCUUGAACGUGUAAAGGAGAAAUUGUAA